UAUAUAUACUUACAUACAAUGAACAUCGACAAGAUAUUCAAGCUGGCCAAGGGCUUCUACGGACGCUCAAAGAACUGUAAAUCGUUGGCACGCGAGCGUGUCGAGAAGGGACUCGAGUACAACUACGUCUCACGCAGACUGAUAAAGAGAGACAUGCGAGCAAUGUGGAUCCAGCGUAUAAACGCCGGUGUCAGACAGCAUGACCUCACCUACAACAGCUUCGCAAGGGCAUUGGUCGCAUCCAAUAUAGUACUAAAUAGAAAAAUACUAUCUGAACUGGCGAUAACAGAGCCAUAUAGUUUUAAGGCAUUGACAGACUUGGCGAAGGGUACACUAUCAAAGCUUCAAGGCACAACAUACAACCUCAAG